AGAAUGAGGUAAAACCCAAGGAGCCGUUCACAUCCCAUUCUCCACCAGGGCGGGCCGCCCGCAUUUAAUCCACAAUUUUUAUCUCUUCCUCAUCUUCUGCUUAUUUCCUUGUGUGAAACCAGAUAAGAGAAAUUAGAAUAAGAUAAUCACAAAAUCUUUGCACAAUUCUACUAACAACAUUACAAUUUACAAGAUCUAACCAACUACUACUACUUCAGUUUAUCAUCAUUUCACACACACACACACACAAAAAAAAAAAAUCAUAUUAUUCCCUUCACCCAAUCUUUCUAGAACUUCAAUUAAAAAACCCAAAAAGCCAUAAUGAAAAGAAAAUAUAAAUUACAAGUGGUGUAAAUACAGAUGACCCAUAUAUUAAAAUAGGUUAUUUGAAUUUGUAGAGGAACAAGAAGAAGUUCUUUUGACUAUUUGAGCUUGGCGUUGAAGACGAGUUAGGAACAAAAAUAAAGAAUUUUCCUUGGAAGACAUAACAGGAGAAGUAUGGUUAAUAAUAAGAAGCAUCCACAAGUCCGAUUAGUUCGAUGUCCAAAAUGUGCAAAGAUCCUUCCAGAACCAGAACAUGUUCCUCUCUACACCUGUGGCGGAUGUAAUACUAUCCUCCAAGCUAAAAACUACAAAGGUCAUCAUAGAAACACAGCAUUAAGUUCACAUGAACACAAUGUUGCUAGGAGUAAUGAUGGUGGAGAGUGUAGUGGCUCAAGUCCAAGAUCGAUUUCUUCUCGUGAAAAUUCAGAGACUCAAGGCGAAGUAAGGAUUCACGCUCAUGUGGGCAUUUUACGAAAUCCUGAACAGAAUGGAACUUCCAUUUCUUCAGAUAGUACUGCUAUGUCGAAGGAGUCUAAUUUCGUUAAGAAUAAGGAGAAUGGGAAAAUCAACAGCAGAUCUGACGAAAGAUAUAGUAAUUAUGAGCAGAAAGGAUCUGCUAAUUCUGCCCAACAUACAGUAUUGACAGAGGAGACUAGUUUCUUGCGUGGUAAGGAAAAUGGAGAAACAGACGAAGUAGAUGAUCUAUCUGUUUUGAAGACUCAAGCUGUUGAUUAUCCUACUGUUUCUGAGAGCGAACAAUGCACGCAACAUACUGUAGAAAAUUCAACAAAAGAAGAUGACAAUGGCCGAGAUGAACUGUGUAAUAGCAUUGCUGUAGAGAAUCACCACCAAAAACAGAUAGGAAAUGUGAAUUGUGAUAGUGAAACAUCUAAAGUAGAAGAUUCACAACCCCUUGAGAACGAAGAACUGCAGCUACUUCCUACAGAAGAGAAAUCUACAGAAGAUGAGGAUGAUCAACAUGAACUAAAGCUGAGAAGACAUGUGAACUCUGAAAACAAUGCUUCUUCCUCAAGUGCCUCUCCAGCCAUAGAAAUUCCCGAGGAAGAUCUUUCUUCCCAACAAGAAGUGCCCGAAGAAACCAGAGAGAUGCACCUUGUAAGGGGAGAUUCAAAUCAAGAUCAACAUGAACAAACUCAGUUGAAAUAUGUCUACUCUGCCAGAGAUGCUUCUUCGUGUACUGAAUCUCCAGGCAUGGAGAAACCCACCCGAUUCACUUCUGAAAAUCCUGUGGAUGGUGAUUCUUCUGAUCAACUCUCCAAUGAAACCGGAAAUUUUGAUCUCAUAGAGAAACACUCACAUCUAGUAUGCAAGGAAUAUGAACAAGGGAAUCAUCCAAUCGAGGUGGUCGGAUAUGCAAAGUCGGCCAAAGAAGCUUCUUCAUCAUUUGACACUCUAGAUAUUAAGAAGUCAAUGCUACUAGCUUCUGAAAAUCCAGCAGAACAUGAUGUUUUUUAUCCAGAAGUGUCCAAAGUGACUACAGGGAGGAAACUUAAAGAGGAACGCUUGCGUCGUGUAUCCGAAAAUGAGCUUCAUCACCAUGAUGCUGAUAAAUUCAAAUCAGAAGAAUCAAACAAGGAAAAGCGCAAUCAGAAUGAUCAAAACAAAUCAGUAGACAGCAUUGAUGAUCAAAUUGAAUGUGUGAUGCUUUCAUCUGCAGUUUCACUAUCAACUGAGGAAACACAGGGUGUAUAUGUUGAUUCAGUAUAUGAAACUGAAGAUGGCUUAGAAGCUUGUGGAAGGGAUUGUGUUUCUAAACCCUCAAGUUCGACAAAUCUGAAAACUUCUGAUGAGAUGGGUACUACCAAGUUUUCUGAAGACUCUCAUUGUGAAAGCAUUUCAUUAGAAGGCGUCAAAGAAAUUUCAACGCAGAAUAAUGUGAAUUUAAGGGAUAGUGCUGUUCUUAUUGAAAGUGAAGUUGGGAGCUUGUUGAAAGAGAAUCCCGAAUCGCUGAGUAAAAGGUCUCCUGGUUAUGACGGUAGUGUCUCUUCCUGUGAUGGAAAUGAUGAUAAAAUCCCCAAACAGCCCCAAUUAAUUGGUGAGGAAACUUUAUCCACGAUUAAUGCAGUUGCAUGUUAUAAGAGUGCUGAAGAAAGUCCGGAAUGGAAUGGCACUCCUUUAGAGAGAAGGAUCAAUAAGAAUUUAAAGGUUCAACCUCAAGACAGAAAUUCGUCAUCGAUGCUAAUAGAUGAGAAGUUGAAAAGCAGAAUGAUAGAGGAAGAAGGUCUAUUAGAAGGAAAUGGAAUUUCUCAAAGAAACAACAGAUAUAGGGUAAAUAGAGACAGCUUCCUGCCGAGGGUUCCAUACCGCAGGAGAAGUUCUGAGAUGACACAUGAAACGGAAAGCUGUUCUAGUUAUACCUUGCACGAUAAACGCUCAAGUUUCCAUAUGCAUCGGCAUCCUCAAUGGGAGGGAAAAGAGUUUCGUCCUACUUAUUAUAAUAGCGAAACAUCAGGGGAAAUAUAUGACAGACCAAAGUAUCAUGCUUUUAAUGACAGGAGGCGAGUCGAGAGUUAUUCGCAGAGUGGGAAUCUCCCACAAAGGCCAUACUCAGGAGAACUCUUCAGUCAGAGGUACUCCUAUAUGCAUCGCGACCCUGAAGAUAGAAGAAGAUGGUCUUCCCAACUACCACCACCUGCAGUCUAUUACCGUCCAGGGGUACACACGGGUCCAAGUUGGGAAACUAGAUGGGAUCCAUAUGAUUCAUACCCGACAAGCCCUCCUCGAUUUGUGGAGUCAGAAUCAUCCUAUGCUUGGGGGCAUGAUUCAUUAUACCUCUCUGAUGAUCAGAGGCAUAAAGAUCAGAUCAUGAGGAGGUUAUACUUGAAGGAGAAACGGCUAGCCGUGAGAAAACAGUUCCAUCCCAUAGCUGGUGGGGCUCCAUUUAUCACAUGCUACUUCUGCUUCAACAUUCUCGAACUUCCCACGGAUUUUCUCCUCUCUAGAAGAAGCAGAAAAACCCACAAGCUAAAGUGUGGUGCUUGCUCUCGCGUUCUAGAAUUUUCCCUCGAAAAUGAAGGUUGUUUAGCUCCUAGUGAAACUAGUAUUGAAAGAAAUGAUAAUUUAGUUGUGACAUCUCGUACAAUUCAUUCUUGGCAGAGUAGCUUAAAUUCUGCAGGGAGUAGAGAGUUGCUUUCACAAGAGUCUUUCAGUACUUCAGGUCGAGAAAAAAGAAAGAUCGUCCCUGAAAGCUCACGCACCAGAGAACAAUCAGAGGAAUUACAUAAUACUGAACCUACUGCUCGGGGAAGACCACCAAAGGUAACCUGGCAACGGUCUACCAGGAGUAAGACACCUCUUCACAGGCUUAUGGGCUACUCUUUACCGAAAGACUUGUUAACCGAGCAUGAAGCUGAUGAUGUAGAGUAACAUUCUGAAAUUUUCAAAGUUUCUAAGCAAAGAAAACAGAUCCAUAGUAGAUAGCAACAUAUAAAUCGUAACAGAUUCUUUUUUCCUGCUGCUACGGAAGAGAAACAGCAAUUGUAAUCAAGAACUCCAGAUUCAUGACAGUGAACAAUGAUUACUAGUAGAUAGUUUAAGAUUGAGACCAUAGUAUUUGUUUGCUAUUAAGUGACUUGUGUGGAAGAGAUGUUUUUAACAUAUUUGAUCUGUACAAAUUAAGUUGGAUUACUUUUUUUUUACUAAAAAGUAUCAGAUGUAUAGUAAAUUUUGUUCCUUUUUA